AUGCUGCGGCGACUGGUCCCAAGAGUGAUGAUGGCCCCGAUGGGAGGAGCUACCGCUUUGUGUACCUCACGCGGUUAUAACAUGCUCGUUUUCCGCGACCCUAAACGCCGCCCUCAGUUGAGUGACGAGGAACGGGCAAAGGUGGUCGUCAACCAGGCAGAAUGGCCUGAGGAGUUCAAAGACUUCGAUCCUGAUGAUCCGUAUAAGAAUUCUCCAGAAAUUAUUAAAGGCAUGAGUAGCUGGAACCUCUUCUUAUGGGGUGUGGAGUGUGCGUUCAUCUAUCAAUUCUAUGAGUUGGUGUUCCCAAAAAGCAUUUAA